CAUCGAUCAUGCCUGGUUACACAUGUGAUUGUAUUUGCGAGGAUGGCAAGUCUAUUGAUGCUAAAUACCUCUGCCCCUACUGUGAAAAGGUACUGAGGGAUCCAUUUCAGACGAGCUGCGGUCAUCGCUAUUGCAAGACAUGUGUGGAGCCACUGUUGAGGUCGCCAUUUCCAAAGUGUGUAGUGGAUGGCGAAGAGAUCGGAGAGACAUUUGAAGACAAGUUUGCGCAGCGUGAAAUCCUGUCGUUACCAGUCCAGUGUGCAAAUCACUGCGACAGCUGCGACUGGAGUGGGGAACUAGGGCAGUUGGAGAAACACGAGGCCCAGUGCCCCUAUGCCAAGGUCCCAUGUGUGCAUUCCAGUUGCGGAACUCUUGCUCGGAGAGAUGACUUAUCUCGGCACCUUAUGAAGGAUUGUAUCUUCAGAGAGCAGCAGUGUGGGUAUUGCUCCAUAAAGACUACAGCUGAUAAGCUUGAGGAACAUCUUGAAAAGGAGUGCCUAGAAUACCCUGUGGAUUGUUUGCAGUGUAAAACUGAAAAAAUUUCACGAAAGCAGCUUUCGAGUCACCUUGAUCCUGUUAAUGGAGACUGCGAAGCUGUUAAAGCUCCGUGUCCUUUUCAUAAAGUGGGAUGCAAACAGAAAGGGGAAAUGAAAAGGAAAGAACGUAGAAAACACCAAGAUAAACAAGUAUCUGAUCAUUUGACACUCCUUUUUCUGUUUGUGGACCAAUUGUCUAACUUGUUUCAUUCCAAACUUGGCGAUGUUGACGCCGGAGUCAUUUCUAAAAUGGAUUCAAUCCUUAAAACUUUACAAAACAAGGUAGAUGUCAUAAUCGGUGAAAAUUCUAACCUAACAUCAAUGGUUCAAGGACAUGGCACUCGCUUAAGUAAUCUUGAACAAAGUAUCAAGCGUUAUUUAAUGGAUGACGUGGUAGCCGACAGUGCUCCUUUAAAUUCAUCAGCGCAUCGCUCUUCGCAAGCUGAAAUUGUGAAUAUUCUACAAAAGCUGGACAUUCAGGAUGCUAAGGCAGCCAAUUAUGAAGUUCUUUUGGUUGAAUUUAACUCGGAAAUGCAAAAUAGGAAUAGAGAAAUAAAAAGACUGGAGGCUCAGCUUAAAACUGCUAACGAUGAGAUAAGAAAACUUCAACGACGGACGGAGUAUCUAGAACAUACUCUAGAUGCUAGAAACAUUGCUAUAGCUGAGCUAGAAGAUUACGUUAGGCAAGAGCAAUUCUCAAGCUACAAUGGUGUGCUUUUAUGGAAAAUUACUGACUUCACCCGAAAACGAAAUGAGGCGAGAUCCGGCCAACACGUAUCUACUUAUAGUCCCUGUUUCUAUACUAGUCGUCACGGUUAUAAGAUGUGCGCGCGCAUCUAUCUAAACGGUGAUGGUAUCGGAAAGGGAACACAUUUUCCAAUAUUCUUUGUUGUUAUGCGCGGUGAGUAUGACGCAAUACUCCGCUGGCCAUUUAGACAAAAGGUCACCUUUAUGUUGUUAGAUCAGGAUAACGUAGAACACGUAGUUGACGCCUUCAGACCUGAUCCGAGUAGCUCCUCAUUCCAGAGACCAAAAAGGGAUAUGAACAUAGCCAGUGGGUGCCCGACCUUCUGUGCUAUGACACAGUUAAACAACCACGCUUAUGUAAAGGACGAUACCAUAUUUAUCAAAGUUAUUGUUGAUACUGGGGACUUAUAACCUUUAAACAAAGCUGCAAUGUUUUUUUCCUGCAUAAUUUUGUUGAUCUGAAUUUAUAAUGCAUCGUAUGAUAAUAUUCGAGUGUGUAGCGUUUACGGCGACCAAAAAGUCUUGGGUCUCAAGUCUCAAGGGGCGCCGCUCCGAACGCGGUUAAAGAGGUGUUAGGGACUAAUUUACAGAUCAAUAUGACGAACCAAAGUUGACUGUUUGCACGAAUUUUUACUCUUGAAAGGCAAUCAACCACGAACCACAAUCAACGACGAAAAAUCACGAGCAAUUGCACAAUCAAUCAAUCUAUCGAUCUGGCUGAAACAACAAUGCAACGAAGCUCUAUCAAUAUAAUGAAAUGUCACGGAAUGCAUAAUCAAAGAAUCGCGUGUAAAGAAUUGGGCCUAAACGUCGAUAAAGAGAUUAAAAAUGACAAAGAGCAAAUGAAACAGUACAAUGUACAAAAGUUUGGAUACAAAUUACAAGAGUUUUAGGUGGCUGGAUAACAGCCCAUUGUUCUUAUCUAGAUGGUGGGCGUUCACUUGCAUUUGGUACAAUUUUGGCUUUAAAUCUUAAAUCAAUCGCGAAAAACUACAAUACAACGGAAUAUCUGUUCGUAUAUUAUCGCCCAACACUGAAAGGUAAACUAGAAAAAAAACAAAGUUACAAAAGUAAUCACAUAUCGGUCCCGCUUGUGCCAAAGGUUAAGAAAUCGAGAAAGAGCGAAAGUUUGUCAAGACAACUCAAGAACUUAAGAGGAACUGAUUAAAGGGACGCUAAACUAAUCUUUUAUAUGCGCGUGGUGACGCCGAAAGGUCCGAUUACAAAACCAAUAGAAAUGCAGAAAAAACAGGUAAGCAUUGUAACUAUGUACGUAUCUAAGAUCAUUCUGAAAUUAGUUAACUAAUCAGUAAUCAAUUAUGAAAAUGAGCCUUCUGGCUGGUAUCCGUAACAGAGUGCUACUGGCCCUAACGGGUUAUUGAAAUGAAUGUAAGCUAAAUGUGUUUAAUGUAUAAGCAAGAUAUUGUAAUCUGUUUACAUUCUCUUGCUUUGAGUGAUAACCACUUCUUUUCCAACCGACGUUUGUUAAUUUAAAAAAAAUAGUAUCUUUUGUUAUUAUAUUUGAAAAGACAAACCUGCUUAUAAUCAUACUGAAAAAUUUAUCGCACCAGAAUCAUUUUCAAUAAUAAGCUGUUUUUGAAUUUUUUGUCCCUCGCACUGCUCAGAAUAUAUGAACAGUGAGCUCAACGGCAUUCAUUUAAAGCCGAAAUCUGCACAUGACAUUAUCUAUGAACUUUCCCUCUUCCUCGUCGCUUCCAGAUUGCUACCCGAAACAGACAAAUUUAGUUCGCGGAGAAGCAUCUCGCAUCUACUUAAGGCUGUUGUUUAUACAUAAAAUUCUUCCUUCGGUGUGACACAUUUGCAGCGAUCCUUAAUCCACUAGGACAAUAAUGUAGAUCCAGAUGCCUUGCACUGCCUACUGUUUGAUGUUUGACACAGCUUUACUUUGUCUCUGAUGAGAUUGUAAUAAAAA